ACGAGAUCCCCAUCUCUUUUCUUUUCUCUCUCCUUACUUCCCCUAUUUCCUUUCUCUCAUGUCUUCUUCAAAAACUUCUCUUUCUAAUUAUUUCUUCUUCCAUUGCUGCGUCCUAUUUACUUCCACCGUUUAACAUUGCUCAAAGACUGAGACUUGAGAGGAAGGAGGUGGAAAAGGGGAAAGAGUAAGCACAUUUGUUGUAUAUCGUAGGAAAUUUUGCAGGGGGGGGGGGAGAGAGAGAGACAGUGUGUGUGUGUGUGGAUUGAGGGGAGUAAAGAUUGAAAAAAAUGGCUCAGUCUGGAAAACCCAUUACGGAUAUUAGGUUGGAUUCCUUGAAUGAUCGGUUAAGAAACUCAUUGAACUGUGUCGAAGACGAUAAUGAUAACAACUUUAACAAGCCGGACUUUCGAGAACUCGAUCUGGGUUCGCCGGUCUCGCCGUUGAGGACUCGUGGUGGAGCCACUGCUACCACUACGACGACAACUACUACUACGAGCAGUAGCUCCAGCUCGUCUGGAUCGGUAUCGGGUCGAAAUGGGCAAGGCCAGGUGGUUAAAAAGUCGGAUUUAAAUCAUUCCGGCGAACUUUCCGGCACGGCGGAGAGUUCUCCGACCGGUGGCCGGGGAUUUAAGCCGGGUCAUUCCCGAUCAGAUUCGGGUGGGACCCACCCCUUGAUAUACUCCGGUGGGAGUGGGAGCUCUGUUACUUCGCCGGGGGUCAAUGUGCUUCCCAGCGGGAAUAUCUGCCCUUCCGGCAGGAUUUUGAAGACUGGCAUGGCGAGCCGGUCGUCCAAGACUGAUGUGUUGGGGUCCGGGACUGGUAAUUACGGCCACGGAAGUAUAAUGCGGGGUGGCACCGGAGCAAAAUCGGCCGUUGGUUGCGGCGGGGAGAGAGAAAGUGUGGGCCUUGCCAGCCCAGCACCGACAAAUUUAAGAGGCGGUGGCCUCAUGGUUGGAGAGCCAACAAGAAGGGGUGGGGCUGGAUUGUUGAAUAGUAAUGAUCCAGAAGAGUUGAAAAGAUUAGGAAAUGAGAAUUAUAAAAAGGGUUAUUUUUUGGAGGCUUUAACUCUUUAUGAUAAAGCCAUUGCGAUUUCACCAGGUAAUGCUGCUUACCAUUGCAACAGAGCAGCUGCAUUGAUAAGUCUGAAGCGGUUUCCAGAGGCAGUGAGGGAAUGUGAGGAAGCUAUUAGGUUGGAUCCAGGAUACGUGAGGGCACACCAUCGGUUAGGGUCUUUGCUUGUUAGUUUAGGACAGGUUGAAAAUGCCAGGAGGCACCUUUGUAUUCCAGGGCACCAGACAGAUCCAGUUGAGCUACAGAAGUUGCAAGUUAUUGAGAAGCGCCUAAGUAGGUGCACUGAUGCUCGGAGAGUUGGUGAUUGGAAAAAUGUGCUUAGGGAAGCAGAAGCUGCAAUUGCUUCUGGAGCUGAUAGUUGUCCUCAGCUAUUGGCAUGUAGAGCAGAAGCCCUUUUAAAGCUGCACCGAAUAGAUGAUGCUGAUUCAAGUCUUUCAAGCACUUCCAGACUUCAUACAUCAGACAAUUUGAACUCCCAAAUAAAGUUUUUCGGAAUAGCAUCUGAUGCAUAUUUACCCUUUGUUAGAGCUCAACUGGAGUUGGCGCUUGGAAGGUUUGAAGAUGCACUUACAGCCAUUGAGAAAGCAGGGCAGAUUGAUCCUCGGAGUGUUGAAGUCUCUGUUUUACUCAGCAAUAUAAGGAUGGUCAGUCAAGCUCGUUCCCGUGGCAAUGCUUUAUUCAAGUCCGAGAGAUAUACUGAAGCAUGCUCAGCUUAUGGGGAAGGUCUCAGACUUGAUCCCUCAAACUCAGUUCUCUUGUGCAAUAGAGCAGCAUGUUGGUUUAAGCUUGAAAAAUGGGAGCUAUCUGUAGAUGACUGCAGCCAAGCUCUGCGUAUCCAGCCAAAUUAUACUAAAGCAUUGCUUCGAAGGGCUGCCUCAAAUAGCAAGCUUGAACGGUGGGCUGAAGCUGUGCAAGAUUAUGAGGUUUUGAGAAGGGAACUUGCAUACGAUAAUGAAAUUGCUGAGGCGCUAUUCCAUGCACAAGUUGCCCUAAAGAAAUCCCGGGGAGAAGAUGUUUCCAAUAUGCAAUUUGGUGGGGAAGUUGAGUCGGUUUCUUGUCUUGAGCAGUUUCGGGCUGCAAUUUCUUCACCUUGUGCUUCUGUUGUACAUUUUCUAGCAUCAUCAAACCUACAAUGCAAGCAGAUAUCUCCAGUCCUAGACGCAUUAUGUGCGAAAUAUCCGUCCAUAAACUUUCUCAAGGUUGAUGUCGAAGGGAGCCCUGCAAUUGCUAAUGCGGAACACGUAAGAAUUGUACCUACAUUCAAGAUUUAUAAGAAUGGUCGCCGGGUGAAGGAGAUGAUAUGCCCUAGUAAAGAGCUGUUGGAGUCCUCGGUGAGGCAUUACAGUAAUUAAAUUCAAGAUCAGAAUGUUUACUCCAGCUUCUCUUCUUCAUUUCUUGUGCUUCCCUCUUUGCAUUCCAGCCCAGCUCCCCCUGCUUCAGUGCAAACGGUCAUUCCUCCUGCCAUAUAGUUCUGCUGAACACCUGUGACAUAAGCAGAGCACGGCAUAAUAAUCUUGUUAGAUGUCAAUGUCAGGCAAGGGCCAGAAAGAUCCAAAAAGAUAGCUUAGUUCUCUUUUGCCCUUUCAUUUAUUCAUUCAUUCAUCCUUUCUCUUGUUCCAUCUUUUCUACCGAUCUUACAUUUUUCCGAAAUUUUAAGUUCAUAUCUUUUCCGGUUUUAUAUAGCCUGGCCUGUGUUCCUGAUAUUAUCUCUCCUCCAGUUGAGGGUAGAAAUAGUUGAGAGAGGAUGUACAAUCGAUUAAAGUUGUUUAGUUGAAUUCUAGCCAGAGAAAAAGAGACAUGGCUGGCCGGGUUGGCUGGCUUUAGAAGCGGAUCCUGUACAUGUACAUAUUGGUGAAUGAUACAUACAAAACCAUUGGAGGCCAUUUGAGGGAGAUUGGAUGUCAUGUCUGGUGGGUAGUUAACCGGGUUAGUGAAAGAAGGAUGGAUAUGAUGAUGAUGAUGAUGAUGUUAUUGAUAUUAAUGUUUAUCAUUGCUCAACCAUUUCAUCAAUAAAAAUUCUUUAUUAUUGUUGUUGUUAUUUUUUUUGUACUUUGAUUUGUCAUUUGUUAAUGGGCUGUUUUUC